CUGUAAAGGUACAAACUAGAAGAGUGAUGUGCAGUAUGUGUAAAAGCAACAUUUAGGAUCAGACAGCUUGAUUCGACACAUGGCACACAUUUUUUCGGAAGUUACAGGGUCAAAAUGUUUGUUCAGCCUUUACAAGGAACAGGCCUGAAGCCGAUGAUAUGGCUUUCAAACUUUUUCCUCUUCGUCACAUGGGGUGGGGGUGGUUUAAACUUCAAAACUGACAUUUUUUACCACAACUUCCCUCUUGUUGGCCUCUGCACAUUUCCCGUCUAUUUACUGAGAAGCCCCUUUGGAGGUGUAAGCGUGUCCAGGAAGGUUCCAAGCAGAUUGAAUGCAGCUCAAGUUUUUCUCAUAAUGAUACGGCCUGUGUUCCCCUUUUCUUUUCUCUCGCUUUGGCUCAGCUUCAGCAGUGCUGAUGCAGUGAGUUUGAAAGAGCCACAGAUUUGCUAUGUCUUGGAUGCUGUGCUGUUUAUCUAUGGGAUUGUUCUUACAAUCCUGUACUGCAGACUGAAGCUAAGGAACAAACAAGCAGAGAAAAGAACACACUCUAAGAACAAAGAUGCAAGUGAAGGAGUUUAUGAGGGUCUCAAGCCUCAUGAUCAGGACACUUAUGAGACCAUUAAUAACAUGAAAAAAUGAGAAGAACGAGAUGUAGUUCAAAGCAAAAGAAGAUUAAGAAGUUUUGCAUUGUGGACACCGCGUUGUCAUCAGCUGUCAGUAUAACUUUAUCUAUAGCUAUUGUAAAUAAGCUAUAACACCAACCUUGUUAUAAAGAUAAAAGAUAUUGUUGUCUUUAUAUACUUAUCACGUAUGUUAGACUGUUUUAAUGGUACUUGCAUGCCAAGUAUUGAUCAUCAAACAGUCAAAUGUAUACAGAAUUUAGAGUUUUUUAGCAUUUAGAGUUUUGUGUGAUUAUUCUGCCUGUUUAAUUAUUUAAUUUACAAUCAUAUUUACAUUUUAAUGAAUGUAUUUUUUUUACUUAUGUAGCUAGUAACAUAUGACACACUUGUGUUCUAUAGCAAAAUGCCACCAACCUCACACAGUCCGAGUCAUUUCCUGUUUUACAGAGUACAUGAGUGGUCUGACAAUAAACAUCUGACUUUGACCACAGGUGUGAGGGUGGAAACAAAGCGGUGUUGAUUUUUGUGUGUGCUGUUUUCCAUUACCGUAGUUUAAUCAUAAGCUCAAAUGUUUUUUUGUGUGGACCAAAAAUGUGGGUAACCUUUCACAAUAAGAUUGUAUUUGUUAACAUUAGUUAAUGCCUUCACUAACAUAGACUACCAAUGAAAAAUAUUUCAUUGUAAAAAUGAAAAUUUUCUUAUUGUAAUUCUGAACUAAUCUAAUGUACUUGUGAUGCAGUUUGCAUCCAUGUGUCCUGUAUUACAUUAGUAGAUUUGUGGAAAGUUGUAAUAAUAUUAAAAAAUCUGAUUACAAUUCCCAUUAAACAAUUAUUAAUUAAAUAGCAAAACACUGGACAAUCCUGGAAGUAUACUAGUAAAUUAGUCCCUAAUAUUUUUUUUAUAUUUUCUGGUAUUGAAUCAUUGUUUAAUUCAUUGCACAUUAAUUAUUUUUAUAAUUAUAAUUAUUAUUUAUAUAGUUUUUUCCUUUGUUCUCUUCCCAUGUCAGAAUUGUAUUUUAAAGGAAUAUUGUGUAUCAACAAAUUCUAAACAUAUAGCCAUCUUAAGCCAUAUUAAUAUAUUUAAAUAGAUAUUUGAUCAAUUAAUCCUUCAUUAUUGUAUAACUAUUAUUAACAUGUGUGUAUAUUAUUUUUCCUCUGUUCUCUUCCCAUCUCAUCUGAAUAUAUUUACCUAUAUGGUAACACUUUAUAAUAACGUCCAGUUGUAAGUGAUGUAUAAGUGAUUAGUUAAUGAUGAACAAAUAAUUUACAAAACAUUCAUAAAAGAUUAAUGAGUAAUAUGCUAACAAUUUAUGCAUGUUUUGUUAAUUCAGUUAAAAGUAAUUUACAGGUGAUUAGUUAAUCAUUUACAAAACCUGACUGUGCAUUCAUAAAUGAUUAGUAAGUGACAUGUUAAUGUUUUUGUGUUUUGCGAAUUCGGUUAUAAAUGAUUUACAAGUAAUUAGAUAAUGAUGAACUAAUCAAUUACAAAACAUGACUUUGCGCUCACAAAUGAUUACUAAGUGAUAUGCUAAUGAUUAACAAAUCUGACGUUAGUUGUCUUAAAAAUAGCAUAUCGUGAAAUGAUCAACAGAUCUUUAGUAAAUGGUUAAUAAAUUACUAGCUAAUACAUUAUUAAUCACUUUUAAAUCAUUAAAAUAUCUACACUUAUCUCAAGAAACAAUUGUUAACAAAUGAUAAUUGAACCAUUUGAAAACGAUCACUAUGUACUUUGGUUUAUUAAAAAGCACAUGCAACUAUGCUUUGAAUUGUCACAUUUGUACAUUCGUUACAGCAAUUAGGGGAUGCAGAAAGUGUUGUAAGUGUCUUGUAUGCACAUACAGAUCAUUUGUAACAGGUAAGAAAGAACUAUGAAUGAUGAGUAACACAUUUACAAGUGAUGGGUAGUUUACACUUUAGAUUAAGGGAUGCAGAAAGUGUUGUAAGUGUCUUGUAUACCAACCCGUCCUACUCACUCCCGACUCGUCACAUAUUUACGCUCGG